GAUAUCGUCUGGUUUCCAUUUAAAAAUCUCCGCGUUCGUCAAAUCCAAUGUAUGCACAGUGGCCUUUUCACUUGGAAGAUUGCCAGAGCAAGCAUUCUCCUGCGCAGUGGGAUGCGUUCAAGAUUCCAAUAAAGCUUCUCAAGCAGUCACAUCCAAUUCAAUCAUCAGGACUCCUAGUCUUACCUAAUGAGCUGCUGCUUGAAAUCCUGGUGCACGUUGAUUCAGUCGGUCAGUUGUUCCUAGCACUCACGUGCAAGCGGCUGCUCGUUGUCUCCUCGAUGACUAUCACAAUGAUCCCUUCAGCGCCCAAGCACCGCGCGUAUUAUCUGGAUUGCUCUGCAAUGCUCGCCCUCUUACACGUUGUACAGCCACGGGAUGCUCGAGGGCGAUCCAAGAAGUCUUGGGCGCCAUGUUGCGUCUGCUAUCGAUACCGACCUAAGAGGAAAGGCUACUGGAAAGGCGUGCAAAAGCGUUACCCGAAAGAGAUGGCUUGCGGGAUUUUGGCCGGCCACGACUCGAUUGUUCAGUCGUGGAGCGAAAAGCGUUCGUCCUCAUAUCAAUGUCCAAGUUGCUGGUGUGAAGAACGCGUGAUUAAGUACGGACAUUUGGCGUAGAUGAUGGCCGAUGUAAAAUGCACUUAGCGGGCAUGUGCUCGCUUUUUACCUAAGCCUUUUCCGACGCCCUUACGUCAUUUCUGUUUAGGGUAGCUAGUACCUAAGUCAAUAAAUCUGGAACUCAGACAUCUUGUUAGA